ACACACACACACACACACACACAUGCAGAGGGAGGAUGUACAGUAGACUGGGCUGUGUGGUGAGGUUCCUCUCAGAUCAUUGCUCUCUGUAUCCACACCGGGAUUAUCCAUCCUCCUCCGCUGCUUUACUUUAGACACCGUAUAGCAACAACAAAAAAAUGUCGCACAUUAGAAGCUGACAUUUUGUCUUUUCAACCCGUUUCUACCGACAUCGCCGUCUUCUAGUGGAGCCUCGAUUUUACUCACCCCAUGUUCCUUCGCCGGCUGAGCUCUUUCAGCUCAACCCUCCCUCCCUUCAGCCAUCCUGCUCUCUCCCAGGCCAGCUUUAGGAGCAGCAGUGCCUCCUCCUACCUCCCCCACUUCACCCCCACUCCUCACCCAUGGUCGUCUGUGCAGGGAUUCCCACCCUGGCCUCCUCAGCUCCCCCACUCCCACCCGUCAGCCCACCAGGUCUUCCCUGGUAGGACGUUACACCCUCUGAAUAUCAACCCUGGUCCCUUUGGGGGUCGCUGGCGUUCAUUCUACACCACUGCGAGCGGCAUGAUGGAGCAUUCUGACAGAGAGCCUCCGUACAAACGGAGGAAGAGUGUGGAGGAUAAGAGGAGCGCUGGAGAAAGUGACGGACACAGAGCAACAGGAGGCAAGUCUCUGCAGGGAGACUCCAGGAGAGAGCACCAUCACCAGGGCUCCGCCAUGGAUGGCAGCCUCCGAUCGAACCACCAGCUCCAACAUGGAGGACAAGACGGAGGAAAGAAUGGAGCUGGGAAAGGUGUCAGCAGGGAAACCAGCAGAGGUAAAGAUGUAGAAAGGACUAAAAGUGUGACUAAAGACAGACAACGAAAGAACAGUUCCAGUAGAGAUGGAUCUCCACAUCGAGCGAGGAGGGAACCUCAGCAGAGAGACUCCCAGACUCAGGAUACAGUUUCAGUCCACAAACCCAACCCCUGGUUUAAAAAUAGUAGUACUGAGGAGCAGGGUGGGCUUCAUAGGAACACAAAGGGACCAGCAGAACAGCAAAGGGAUGGAGGUCGUGAUGGAGGGCAGUGGAUGGGGUUUGUUUCUUCCCCUCACAGCACCACUCUCCCUUCGAACCCAUGGCAGGUGGCCGGAGCAAACAGACAACAUCCUCCACCUGGAGUCUCACAACCUGUAAAACCUCUGCAGAGACACUGGGAGGCCUGCAGUUCUGACCUCCAGCCACCAGGGGACAGCACAGUGUUUGACUUUUCAGUGAUGUCCUACAACAUUCUGUCCCAGGAGCUGCUGCAGGACAACGCCUACCUGUACCGACACUGUAACCCCGGUGUCCUGCCCUGGGAGUACCGGCUGCCCAACCUGCUGGCUGAGAUCCAGCAGCACAACGCCGAUAUCCUGUGUCUACAGGAGGUUCAGCAGGACCACUAUGAAAACCAGAUUAAACCUGCUCUACAAGCACUGGGUUACCACUGUGAGUAUAAGAAACGGACAGGAAGGAAACCAGACGGCUGUGCUGUUACCUUUAAGACCUCUCGCUUCUCCCUGCUCUCCUCCAACCCCGUGGAGUUCUUCCGUCCCGGCGAUGCCCUCCUCGACCGGGACAACGUGGGAUUGGUUCUGCAGUUGCGACCAAAUGACACUCUCGGCCAGUCAGAUCCCUCCGCUUUCAUCUGCGUCGCCAACACUCACCUUCUCUACAACCCUCGCCGUGGUGACAUCAAACUGGCCCAGCUGGCUAUCCUAUUGGCUGAGAUCGGUCGGUUGUCCCACCUCCCAGAUGGAUCUGCCAACCCUGUUGUGCUUUGUGGGGAUUUUAACUCCACUCCGUGGAGUCCACUGUACAACUUCCUGAUCAAAGGCUGCCUGGAUUAUCAAGGAAUGCAGAUUGGCAUGGUGUCGGGUCAGGAGAACAGUCCCAGAGGUCAGCGUCUCCUGCCAUCUCCAAUCUGGUCUCACAGAUUGGGAAUCACUCAUCAGUGUCAGUAUGAGAACAAACCCACUGCUGAGUGUUCCCCCACCACCCCGACAGCAGUAGAAGGAGCAAUCUCUAAUCUGUCGGUAGAAGACCUGGCUACUAAAGCUGUUGCUGCUUUCAACAGAGCGAGGAUUGAGCACAGCCUGAAGCUGCACUCGUCCUAUCGACACCGGCUGAUGCCUGACGGGAGACCUGAGAUCACCACUUGUCACUCCCGCACGGCCAUGACGGUGGAUUACAUCCUGUACACUCCUGAUUUCACCCAACUUCCUCCACUUCCUGGUGGGCGGGGCCUCCAGCUGCUGGGCAGGCUGUCAUUGGUCGGCCAGUCAGAGCUGGAGGAAGUCAAUGGUCUGCCCAAUCAGCACCACUCAUCGGACCAUCUGCCUCUCCUCGCUCGCUUCCGCUUCCAGCGCUGACCUGGACUCCUCACGCUGACGGAGGAAUCAGAACAGUUGUUACUUACAGUGCAGCUCAACUCAGGGAAGAAUGGAGCAUUUAAAAGGUUUCAUAAAUGAACAGUCACACACUCAGAAUCAAACUAAUUUUCAAAUAAUAGUUUUCCUACACACAUGGUCAAGAAAGAGGCUGAAGUGCCAAACAUGAAUUAAGUGCUAAAUAAUCUGUUUCCGUUGUUGAGUUAAUCAUCUUGAGGGAACAACUUUUUAAAAAAAUCUUUCUGCUAAAACACAGCUGGCUGCAGGUAAAAUGAAAAUUCCCAAGAGGAAACUUUAUCCACUUAAAGUCUGAUAUCCAGUUGAAAUAAGUUAGAUUACCCUACGGUUAAUGCAACAAAGGCAAACAAUUAAGUGAAUAUCUGUUUGUUUUUUUGCAUGUAUAAUUCUGCUCUGGCACAGAACACUGUAGUGCAGUUUUCUGGUAACUCGAAAUUUUUUUUGAAGAGAUCAUGAAAUCCUGCACACGUUUUCUAAACAGAAGGAUGCGGUUUUUGACUUAAAGGUUGAAUUAUUAGUAGUUAAGCAAGAUGGCAUUUCAUACAAAGCACUUGUUAGAACUCGUCAAAAGGAAAAAUUAGAAAAGUUUACAUUUUAUUGUGCAAAUUUAUUCUCACUAAUAAUUUGUCACUGGCAGCCUGCCUGUUCUCACUGUCCUGUGUUACUCCUAAACUUUCAGAAAGUACACAUCUGUAAGCAUCACCUGUAUGUAUCAUCAUUGAUCAUUCUGAUACUGUAAUUUCACUUGAUUUUUCGAAUGUAGAGAGGUUUGCAUUAGUAUUUUUUCAGGUUUUAGAGACAGCUGGCAUUCACAUUUAACAUUUUUACUGGGAUAUAAAGUUUACUUUCAUCUCUUUGUUUUCUUUCUGGAUGUGAAUCUAUGAAAAGAUUUUAUUUUUUAUCCUGAAUAUUGACAUUUGUGCUGCUGAGGUGGAAAGAUACUUGAUACCUUUAUUGUGGUAAGAUGAAAGGGCUCAGUUCAUUUAGUUUUAAUGUAGUUAUUUAAAAAAAAAAUUUGGAAGCACAAAAAACAUGUACAGUAGCCCCUGUAUCAUGGCCUUUUAAUGGUUUACUUUCGCACACUGUGCCAAAAACCAUAAUAUUCAUACGCAAUGAAGCACCACAGUAUAUACUUAUUUGUUUGAGUUUGAUUAUUUAUAAAUUAAAAAUAGAGGUUCUAUAAUUUGUUUUAUUUCACACAUUUAACCUGCAGAUCCAACCUGUAAAAGUUGUUAUAUUGUCCAACAAGGACUGUAAAUUUGGAUUAUCUAUAAAAUGAGUGCAUUUUGUGCAAACUUGUACAUAAUCAUCAAAUGAUGACAAGGACUGUAUGUAUUUUUCUAGCAAUUUUAGCAAUUGAUGUUUACAGUUUGUAAAUAAAAGAUGAGCAUUUUUA